AUGGAAAAUCAAAAGGGUCACCAACUGCUCUGGGCCUUGCCGCUGCCGCCUUCGGAUACGGACGCCAGCAUCUCUCCGUGCAGGCUGACCAACAGAGUUGUCGAGUCUUCUCUGUCCUCGACGGUCGAGAUUUUCCUCUUAGCUUCGUUGCAUCGAAGUCUCUCACACCUCCCCUUUUCCACUUGGGAUUUUGAGUUUCUCCCACCACACGGGCCCGGUCUACAGUCAUGGGCAAGUUGUGCCGACAGUUCCAGACGUUUUGCACCAGCCGAUGUGCGUGACAGCUCGACCACGCCCGCCCGGUCGUUCUCGGCAUUCACUCUCUCGGGUCUCCCGGUCUGA